GAGACAAAUUACGAGGGGGGCCGGGCCGCUUGGUGGUCUGCAAGGAGCGGAAGGUGAAGAGCCGAGGGGCGGCUCCGCUGGCUCUGAAAGGCUCGCCGGUAAGGCCGCGCAGCCCGUCAGGGACCGGGCGUGGCACUUGCCGGAGCAGCCAUGGCUUCCAUUCUGGACCAGUACACGGACUCGCUUUCUCACUCGGCUUCCUCGCAGCAGAACCGCACCAGCCUGGGUAUCCCGCACACGGGAUAUGUGAAUGCUCGACUAGAAAAAGAGACUCCAAUUUUUAACAAACAGAGGAUUGAUUUCACCCCGCCUGAGAAGAUUAACAGUCUGGUUGUCUCUUCAAACCAGUUGUGUAUGAGUCUUGGAAAAGACAUAAUUUUUAGACUUGAUUUGGCCAAGGCAGAUGAGCCUAACCAGGCAGAGCUUGGGCGAAAGGAUGAAGCUGGAGUUUACAAGCUGUUUUUGGACCACACAGGUUCUCAUCUUAUCAUUGCCCUGACCACCAGUGAAUGCCUGUAUUUAAGUCGAAGUGCUCAAAAGGUGCGGAUCCUGUCCCGCUGGAAAGGUCACUUGAUUGAAAGUGUGGGAUGGAACAAGUUCCUUGGUUCAGAGAUGAAUACAGGCCCCAUUUUGGUGGGAACAUCCCAAGGCCACAUAUACGAGGCUGAGGUUUCAGCCAGUGAAGGCAGUCUCUUUGGCACUAACUCUGAUCAGUAUUUUCGCUUUAUUUAUAACCUAGAAGAGGAGGCAGGACCUACCCCAGUCUGCUGUCUCGAGAUAGAACGAGGAAUUGAUGGGAAGUGCUUUAUUAUUGCCAUUACUAGUAAGAGGCUUUUUCAGUUUGUUGGCAAGAUUCCAGAGGGAUCUGAACAGCAAGGCUUUGGAGCGAUAUUUAGCAUGCCUGCAGAUCACUUGCCUGGUUUCCGUGAGUUUCCUGCUAGCCUGGGUUACAGUGAAAUUGCAUUUUAUACUCCAAAGCUUCGUUCCUCCCCAAGUGCUUUUGCUUGGAUGAUGGGAAAUGGUGUCCUGUAUGGAUCACUGGACUAUGGACGUCCUGACUCUAUUCUUAGUCAUGAGCAAGUCUGGGAAUAUCCUUCUGAUGUAGAUGCAGUAGCCAAUAAGCCCAUCUCCAUAGUGCUCACACAGUUUCAUUUCCUGCUGUUGUUUCCUGACAGAGUGAAAGCUGUGUGUACCCUAAAUGGGCAAGUUGUCUUUGAGGAUGUGUUCUUGGAAAAGUUUGGAUCACUGAAGUGUAUGAUCAAAGAUCCCGCAUAUGGGCAAAUCUGGAUUCACACAGAAAAGUUUGUGUUUCGGUACAAUGUACAGCGAGAGUCCCGUGAUGUAUGGAAGAUGUACAUGAACAUCAACAAGUUUGAUCUGGCUAAAGAAUAUUGCAAGGACCGCCCCGAGUGCCUGGAUAUCGUACUGGCAAAGGAGGCAGAAUACUGCUUCCAGAACAAGAGAUAUCUGGAUAGUGCUAAGUGUUACGCAUUGACUCAAAAUUACUUUGAGGAGAUUGCACUUAAGUUUAUUGAAGCCAAGCAGGAAGAGGCACUGAUGGAGUUUCUGAUUAAGAAACUGGCUGGCUUGAAGCCAUCUGAAAAGACUCAGACAACCCUGCUGACCACCUGGCUAACAGAGCUGUACUUGAAUUGUCUAGGAGUUUUGGAAGCCGAUGCCUCAAAACGGGACCUCUAUGAGAAGACUCGGGACAAGUUCCGCAGCUUCUUGGGCAGCCCCAAAAACAAAGACUGCCUGUUCAACAACCGAGCAACUAUACAUGAGCUGUUGGCGAGCCAUGGAGACACAGAACACAUGGUAUACUUUGCUGUCGUAAUGCAAGAUUAUGAGCGGGUGAUAGCCCAUUACUGCCAGCAUGAGAAUUACAAUGAAGCGCUUGAAGUCCUGUCUAAAAUCAAGGCUGAUGUGCUCUUUUACAAGUUUUCUCCAGUCUUGAUCCAGCACAUCCCCAAGAAGUUGGUAGAUGCUUGGAUUGAAAUGGGGAAUAAACUUGAUGCGAAAAACCUCAUCCCUGCCCUUGUCAACUAUAGUCAGAGUGGGAGCACCCAGCAGAUCAAUGAAGCCAUUCGAUACAUGGAGUUCUGUGUGAGUGAGCUGAAGGAAACUCAGCAGGCCAUUCACAAUUACCUCUUGUCACUCUAUGCUCUGUGUCGUCCUGAUUCAUUGUUGUCAUACCUGGAACAAGCUGGAACUUACGCUGACAACAUCCACUAUGACCUGAAAUACGCACUUCGGCUCUGUGCAGAACAUGGCCACCAUCGAGCAUGUGUCCACGUGUACAAAGUUAUGGAGAUGUAUGAGGAAGCUGUGGAUCUAGCUUUGCAGGUGGAUGUAGAUAUGGCAAAGUCCUGUGCAGACCUUCCUGAAGAGGAUGAGGAACUGAGAAAGAAGCUUUGGCUGAAGAUUGCUCGACAUGUGGUCCAGGAAGAGAAGGAUGUCAAGAAAGCCAUGGCCUGCCUUUCAAGCUGCAACCUGCUGAAGAUCGAAGAUGUCCUGCCAUUCUUUCCAGACUUUGUCACUAUUGAUCACUUCAAGGAAGCCAUCUGCAACUCUCUAGAGGCCUACAAUAAGCACAUAGAGGAGCUGAAGACAGAGAUGGAAGAAGCAACACAGAGUGCCAAAAGGAUCAGGGAGGACAUUCAGGAAAUGAGGAACAAAUAUGGCUCUGUAGAACCCCAGGAAAAAUGUGCAGCAUGUGACUUUCCGCUCCUGAACCGCCCCUUCUAUCUCUUUCUCUGUGGACACAUGUUCCACUAUGAUUGCCUUCUCCAGGCUGUUUAUCCAAACUUGCCUGCCUAUAAACAGGUUAAACUGGAGGACCUUCAAAAGAAGCUUUCGGCCACAAGCCAACCCUCCAAAUCCCACCAUCGCCCUAAGGAUGCAGAUACUACUGGCCAAGGAAAGGGCCAGUUAAGUCGCGAACAGAUGAAAGCUGAAAUUGAUGAUAUUGUGGCAGCCGAAUGUGUAUAUUGUGGAGAGCUAAUGAUCCGAUCAAUUGACAAGCCUUUCAUUGAUCCACAGAGGUAUGAAGAGGAGAUGCAGAGCUGGUUGUAGGGUCAAUAAGUUCUUGCCUACACAAGAGCAUGCAACUACCUACAGAGCAUGAAAAGUGGCAACUAACCCCCAGGCAUCUUUGACAUAUGGACUUGCAUAAUACUUUUUGAAAUCUCUGCAAGUCUUGCAGUCUGUAAGUUAGCAGUGCAAAGUGGUUACUAAGACUUGUUGGCUUCUGGCAAUUAUAUUGAAGCUCUGCAAAGCACUGCUGCGUACAUGGGGCUUCUUCAGAGGCAUCCUGAGUAUCAGUUCUGAAUGGGUGUUUUCCUUGCUGAGAGGUAACUAACAACUGUGUCUUGUGUUAUCACAUCUGAGUUAUUCCGAUAUUUCUAUAACCAGUUAGGCAAUGGUAGGGAUACACUUGUAUUGUUUUCAAAUGUGGAGUUUCUCCUUUUGUUGUUUUUUGGUCAUGAGACUGAGACCAUGCUCUGUGUCAGCAGAAAAGGAAGAAUUGUGCAUGAGGUCGUGUUCUGAACACACAUCCAUUGUAGUAAUGUGGUGUAAAAAUUUCAGAUUAUGUAAUUCUCAGGCAAAACAAUUCCAUGUAAAUGCUACGUUUUUCUUGUUUUCAUUUGAGAUUGUAUUGUCCUUUUCCAUCAUUUCUGGAAAGCUUCUUUUGGGUAGCUGUGAACUGUUAAAUUUCUGUAGGUUCAUUUUGUUCAACGUACAUAGGAUAAAUUAUGGCAUGCUAGUUUGAGAGCAUUUGUGUAGAUCUGAGCUGAAUUCCAUGCUAAUUUUGUUGCCUUUUUUCCCUUCAACUACAAUCUCUCAGUUCAGUGUUUGUAUUGCCCUGGUUAGAGCAGCACCUGCCCAUUACUGGUCUUAACAAUUGUACACUGCCAAAUGCACAUUUCUGUGGACUGCUGAUCUUUAAACAGAUUGGAAACUCAUGUGCCACCAGCAGCAAAUCCUGAAGUUGGAUUAGGACUGUUCAUAAUGCAAUAAUAAUGAUCCUUAGAUGGCCAUAGAAAAAUGGUGUGAUUGAAGCAACUGGUGGAUGUAGUUGCAGAGCUGAAAGGUGUCCCUCUCUCCCUGCCCACCUAGAGGGCAUAUUUAUGCUUUAUGUACACUGGAGAAGAGACUUCAGGUAACAAGGCAUGCCAACAAAGGGACAUAGUUUAAAUACAUGUCAGACGUACUUUGUGACUGGAACCACAGUUCCUGUUGGUUAUGAAUUGUGUUUAAUAAUAAAUAAGGUUACAUCUGAACUAGGUUUCGGUGAUGAAGCACCUUCUAAGGCCAUGCCUCAGUCACUGUUGUUUUUAAUUGCACAUUAAAAAUUUCUGAGAUGGCUGCCUGGCUUUUGAAUUUUUGUUGGAUGCUUUGAAUAUGUGUGUGGGUGCCUGCUUCUGGUGCGGGAAUAGCACUGAACAACUGAGCACCCAUUAAUUUUAAUUAAAAUAUUAACUUACUAGUCAGAUACUAAAAUUAAUAAAUGGCAUAAAAACAGGAAUAAUUCAUGGGAAAAUCAAAUGUUCAUGAAUUGUAAGUUUUCCAGAACUGCAUAUCAGUGAUAGUGAGCAUUUCCUGUGCAUUGUGUUCAGUCUCCCUAUUAAAGAUGAUUUUCCUCUUAAGGUCAAUGGUAUCCUUCAGCACUCCAAAUACGAUGUUGCUUUUCUGAGUAGAACUUGUGAAAUUAUGACGCAGAGCAACUAAUUGUACCUGUCAAAUACAUUGGUUGAAAAUUAGCAUUGAUGCUCAAUUCUGGCAAACAUCUUGGAGGUGCUGCGUCCCCUUCCCUACACAGCUGUGGCCAGAUGGAGAUGCUUCAUACAUACAUACACCGAUAGCGCAUCCCAUCUCCUGCUAGGGUUGAGCAAUGACCCAGAGGAUUUCAGUGCUUGAACGUACUCCUGAUUUCCAUCAGGUAUGUGAAUCUAGCUAUGCUGUGUGCCCAGAUUGCCAACAUGGGAUGCUGGGAGUGACCAUUCUGUCACAAAUGUUCGUCAUCUGUGGCUAGACAGAGAACAUCCUGCUCCCUCUACCCCCCCCCAAUCACUACUGAUGUGAGGGUUCCUCCAACCUUUUGAUUUCUGGCCAGGGCGUAAGCUGGAAGAUGGUGUCAUUAAAACACUCUUAAUUUUGGAUGGGCCAUUUAAAUCUAUCUGUGGCUUGUAAGCAUACACUGAGGAGCCAAACUGAAAGCCCCGCGGGUGAGGCUGAGCAGUUCUCCUUGCCUCUCUGGUGGUCUUGUCUGUCAAAUUUGCUAGUGAUGGUUGUGCUUAAGAACAGGUGAGAGAAACCAAACCGAUGACCUUUGUUUAAUUAUCUAUUAUUUCUGCAUUAUCAGUGACAAUUUUAACAAGUAAUCUUAGAAUAAAAACAAGUCUUUAAUCUGCA